AUAAUAAUUGGCGUUUUCAAUUGGUUCCUCGAAAAAAACGAAGCUUUUGUUUUUUACUUUCGUUUUCAAAAUUCUUUGAUUUUUUUUUGCCACAACCGGUUCGUGCUUUCUAUUUAAGCCUGGAUCUGAGGCGGGAGGAGCGCUUUUCCCUCGUCGCCACCGUACCGCAAACAUCGGCACGUGUUUAUCCAUCCUCGUUCAUUCAUUCAUCUAACGCCCACGCGCUGCUGCGUAUUCGCAACAAAAAAAAAUCUCUAAAAAUUAAUAUUGAUAAUAAUUCGCAACAAAGUAAUUUUUUUAUAAUAAACGAAAAUGAGAAGCAAAUCGCUUUUGGUAAAGCUCUUUCUCGGCAAUAAGCAAAUUGUAAGGAAUUUCUCUGUGUCGUCCGCAGCCAAGAUGCGUUUCGUGCAAUACCAGAAGAACGGCGGUCCUCAACACCUGGGGGCGCAGAUUUCCCCCGACGGAGAUAUCUUCGACAUCAGCGCCGUCGACUCCUCCAUCCCCAACUCUCUGGUGAAGUUCUUGGCCGCAGGUAAUGGCGGCAUCGAGAAGGCUAAAAGGAUCGUCGCGGCUGGGAAAUCCGUGGUGUCACCGAGCGAGGUGAAAUUCCUGUCGCCGAUAACUAGACCGGACAAGGUGGUCUGCGUCGGAUUGAAUUACACCGGUCACUGCGACGAGCAGAACAAACCCUAUCCAAAAGAACCGAUGUUCUUCAACAAGUUCCCGAGCUGCAUCGUCGGACCCAACGACGAAGUCAAAUUACCAUCGAUUUCGAACAGCGUUGAUUGGGAGGUUGAAUUGGCUGUGGUAAUCGGUAAAACUGCGAAAGAUAUUCGCAGGGAUCAAGCGCAGAAUCACAUAUUCGGAUACACCAUCGCUCAAGAUAUAAGCGCGAGGGAUUGGCAGAAGGAGAGGAACCACGGACAGUAUCUGCUCGGUAAAUCGAUGGAUACGUUCUGUCCGUUGGGACCUGCCGUUGUUACGAAGGAAUUCAUCAAUGCAAACGAUUUGAAGAUCACGAGCACUCUCAACGGUAAAGUCAAGCAGUGCGGAAACACUUCGGAGCUCAUCUUCAAAGUCGACUUCCUCGUGGCGUACCUCUCCGAAAUCGUUACUUUAUACCCUGGAGAUGUUAUUUUAACCGGAACGCCGUCCGGAGUCGGCAUGCACAGAAGUCCACCGGAAUACCUGAAAUCCGGAGACGUUCUCGAAAGCGAAAUCGAGGGAAUCGGCAAGAUGGUCAACAAAAUAGUUUGAAGACUUUCGGCACUCUUAAUUAAUAAGGUUCACAAUUAUUUUUUUUUAAUAUACGGAUGAAAAUUU